AUGGCAGAUAAUCCUACCGUUUAAUUUGAGACAGAACAAAGCAAUUACUACGAGAGUUAAACACAAAGAAAUGUAGAAGUGGAACUUAUGAAUUAGCAUUAAUAAAAUUACAAGCCAGGAUAAAAAAAGUAAAGUUAGGUAAUCAUACUUCGAGAUAAUAAAAAUGGCAGCUAAGAUUUAAUAGAAUUAGAUGAAAAGCUCCACAACUCUUGCCCUUCUAAAUUACUUUAUGAAAAGAAGCAUUUAAAAUCUAAAAAUCUGAGCCACAAUAGUAAUAAUAUGGGUAAGAGCUAAAGGAAAAGUCAGAUUUAUCCAGAUCUUUUGCUGUUGCAAGAUUAAAAUAAUUAAAAUAACUAAAAAUCAAAGAAAAUGAGAAUAAUUUGCCGUGUUUAGUAAUUUGCUCUAAAUUUACUUCAUUCUAUCUACAUAACCAAAGAGAGGUUUAAUUUCAUAAAUAGAAAGAAGGAUUAUUUCAAUCAAAUCGGAGACAAGUCUUCUGACUUUUAAAUAUUAUAAUAGAGUAGUAGACCUCAAGACAAAAUUUAAAAUUUAUAUAGAAAGCAAAGGAAUCAAGCUGAUUUUGAAAGAGGAUCUCCUAUUUUUUAAUCAAAAAAAACAAUGUUUGAAAAAAAGACAUAUCAAAAUACAAAUGAAAAAAAUAAGAUGACUUAAUUUGUUAAUUUAUUGAAGAAAAUACCAUUGAUCCCAUAACAAUCAAAUUUCAGAAGACUCUGGGAUUUUGUUCAUAUCAUUAUUCUUUAAUAUUAUUUUAUAUUGAUCCCCAUUAUCAUAGCUUUUAACAAAGAUUUGUUUAAUAUGGUUGGAUAAAUUGUUCUUAAUAUUGUCCUAAUUAUCUUAUUGUUCAUCGAUAUACUCUGCAAUUUUAAUACUUCUGUAAUCAAGUAAGGGCAAGAGAUUAAGUAAAGAAAAGUUAUUAUGAUCCAUUAUUUAGAAAAUGGAUUUUUAACUGAUUUAGUUUCUCUAAUUUGCUUGAUAAUAUUUAUAUCUGUAAGGGUAGAUACUAGUUCUUCAUACUACUAUACUAUAAUUCUUUUAGCCUUUUUCUUAAGAUUCAGAUGGUUCAGAAUUGUUCUGAAAAGAAUCGAAAUGUAAUUCUACUUUUCUUUAAAAGCAAGUUAAAUAAUGAGGUUGCUUAAGCUACUCUAUAUGAAUCUAUAUAUAAUCCAUAUUUUUAGUUGCUUUUGGAUUUUGAUAGGUAAAAAUGAAAAUGAUGGCAUUAUCACCUGGAUUUAGAAAUAUGGAAUAUAAGAAGAAGAAUGGUAUGUAUAGUUUUUAAAUGCUUUUUACUUUAGCGCAGUAACUAUGGUAACAGUUGGAUAUGGUGAUGUAACUCCAAGCUCUAGCGCUGAAAAGAUAUAUAGUAUUAUUACAAUUUUAACUGGAUGUGGUGUUUUUGCAUAUUCAAUAAGUGAAAUUGGCAGUAUAUUUAAGAAAAUAAAUGAAGAAAACGAAUAGAAAAAAGAUAAUUUGAUAAUCGUAAAUGGAUAUAUGAGAAAGAAGAAAAUACCAAUUAAUUUGUAGACUCAAAUACGUCACUAUCUACAAUAUUAUUGGAAUGAAAGUCUCUCAGAGUAAGUUCAAAAAGAAUAAUCUUUAGUCGAUUAGCUUUCUAACACCUUAAAGGAAAAUUUAAAAAUCGAAGCAAAUAGAUCCUUAAUUUAAGAAUCUGCAUUCUUUAAAGCUAUGUUUUCAGAGAAUACUUUAAAUAAAUUAGCCUAAGCAUCUAUUGAGCAGAGAUGUCAUCCUGAAGAAGUUAUUUAUAACUAAGGAGAUUCAGACGACUGUUCAAUAUAUUUUAUUGAAAAAGGUUCUGUAUAGUGCUACUAUUUCCCUUUUGAACAAAAUGAUCAUACCAAGCAAAUAAUUAACUUAAAUAGCAAUCAAUUUUUUGGUGAAAUUGAAUUUAUUACUGGUUAGCCAAGGAAUCAACAUGUAAGAAGUUUGAAAUUUUCAACAUUGAUAAAAAUUAGCAGAGAUACAUUCAUCUAAAUAGUUAAAGAGAAUGAAUAAGACUAUUAAAAGUUUUGCAUGAUUAGAGAUGAUAUUCUUUUAAAUCAAAAUUAUUCUUCUGUUCAUACCAAGUGUUCUUAUUGCUGCUAUAGUAAAGAAAGUUUGGCCUGGGAUUUUCAGCACUUUGAGAAAGACUGCCCUCUCUUCCACUUUAAUCCUGAUAAAAAAAAGUUGAUGUACAAAUUUAUAUAAGACCCUCUGAUACUUGAUAGAUAGGCUUUUAAUAGAAAAUAGUAAACUAAAUUAAAACUUUUUAGGCAUUUAAGAAAUAUACAGCUUUAGCAAUAAAGAUUUUAAUGUGAUGAGAUAGAUGGAAUUGAUGACUAUAUUCAUAUUAAUAAAUUACUCAACGAAACUGUAUUUACUGAUGAAGAUCUCUCAGAUUCUGUUCUUUCUUCUGAUUCUUAGGAUUCUCAGCCAGAAUAAAUUUAUGAAGAGGAUUUUAGUGAUUCAGACUCUGCAGAAUAAGAGAAACUCCCAUAAUAAAUCGACAACUAAAAUUCUCUUAACCCAAUGAAAUAGAUAAAUAAUUAAAAGAGCAUUCUAUCAAAUAAAAAUAAGAUAUAUUCAAGCCAAAUCACUAUCAAAAACGCUCAAUCUGAAUAAAUUUAAUUAGUUCCUUCGAUAUCAGAAAUGGCAUUCGAUAUUGAUUAGGGCAUUGAUAACGAAGAAAUCCCUUCUGAAGCAAAUAGGUUAGAUUCUUUCUUUAAUAAUAAAAAUUAUAAAAAUACUACAAUUUAAGUUAAUUUGGAUACUAACAAUAGAAAAAUUGCAGGCUAACAUACAGAAAAUUAGAAUAACCAUAACCAGAGUAAAUAACCUAUAAAAUAAGAAGAAAAAGGCUUUUCUGGUGAAUCUGUGCUACUAAACUAAGAAUCUCAUAUUAUUAGCAAACCUAGCUUAAAGAAUAGUAUGUCUGUUAAAUUUAAAUUACCCUCUCCUAAUUAGAAUUAAGUUGAUAUGCGCAAAGGUAAAAGCUUAUAGUAAGCUGAUCAAAUACAAACUAAAAAAUAAUCAAGCCUAAAAAAAUAUCUCAAGAAAGGCUAAAGCAGAAAUGAAUAAGAUAAAAUGAAAUCCAAUAAAGUUGAAAAGCAAGAUUAUUUAAAUCAAAAUAAAAUGCAAAAUAAGUAUCUGUAAAAAUUCAUUAGUAUAAUGAGGAGCAUAUCUCAUGAAAAAUUAGAGUAAUCUAAAAAUGCAAACGACAAUUACAAAAAGUUAUAAAAUCAUAAUUCAUACUAAGAUACUUAGAUUUUAAAUAAAUUAAAAUCAGGUAUACCAUUCGAAUCGGAAUCCGAUAUUGUAAACUAAACAUUUUCAAAGGACAAUACUUAAAUGAACCUAUUAUCUAACGAUGAUUUUAAAAAAGAAAUAUUUGCAUAAAAGAUUAAUACUUACAUUUCAUAAUUAAAAUAAAUGUAGGCCUAAAUUUCACAAUAUAAUUAGUUCAAUCAAACAAAUAACUCCAAAUUAACACUAGGUUUAGAAGAUUUAUAUCUAUUAAAAACUUAAUUUGAAAAAAUGAAACAUUUCGAUGUUUAUUUCCCUCAUAAUAACUUCACAAAAGUAAUUGAGCAUUACUCUGAAGUACAAUACUGUUUAAGAAAAAAGAUACAUAGACUUAAAUUAAAGAAGAAAUCUCAAACACCAAAGGAAAGAGAACCUAGGCUUUCAAUUAUGCAUAACAUUAGAAAAAUUUAUAGCCAUAAUAUUUGA